AUGGAUUACGAUCCUAUGGUAAUGGAUGAGGCCCUUGGCCCAUCUGUCAAGAUCACAGAGGCCGGCGCACAACACGUUGAUUUCGAGUUGCAAAACGUCGACCUCGCCUUUGCGAACUCCCUGCGCAGAACGAUGCUUGCCGAGAUCCCAACAAUGGCAAUCGACCUGGUGGAAAUAGAGGCGAAUACGUCUGUGCUUGCUGACGAGUUCAUCUGUCAUCGACUCGGUCUGAUCCCUUUGAACUCGAAGAAUGUGGACGACGUGAUCUACUCCCGCGACUGCGACUGCGACCAAUAUUGCGAUCUCUGCAGCGUCACACUAACCCUGCAUGCUCGGUGCACUGGCGAUGAGAUCAUGAAGGUCUACGCUCGAGAUCUGGUUGUAGAUAAUAUGCGCGCAAAUCAGUGGGUUGGAAACCCGGUCAUCACGGAUCCAGAGGGAUUGGGGACUGUUAUUUGCAAACUGAGAAAAGGCCAGGAGUUGCGGAUGAAGUGCAUUGCCAAGAAGGGUAUCGCAAAGGAACAUGCCAAAUGGGCACCAACUGCUGCGGUGGGAUUCGAAUACGAUCCUCACAACAAGCUGCGACACCUGGACCUUUGGUAUGAGGAGGAUCCCGCCAAAGAAUGGCCGAAGAGCAAAUACGCAGAAUGGGAAGAGCCGCCUCAAGAAGGCGAACCAUUUGACUAUGAUGCUGUACCAGAGAGGUUCUAUUUCGAGGUUGAAAGCAUCGGGAAUCUGGAGCCGGAUGCAAUAAUCCAGCAGGGAAUCAAAGUUCUUCAGCAGAAACUAGCUGCCGUGAUUCAGGACCUGACUGAGAACGACGGACCAGCCAAUGGUAUCAAUGGCGGCUAUGAUGCGCCGCGAAGCCCAGAUGUCGGAAUGAAUGGCCAAGGAUGGCAAGAUCCGGGUUACACCACGCCCUAUGGCAAUGGUGGAAACGCGAGUGCGUGGGGUGCUGGAGCAGCUACGCCGUACGGAGCAACACCAUAUGGACAGAAUGGUGCGGACGGAUGGAGUUGA